AAGUUUUGCUUCCCUCUCUGCCAAUCUCAUUUCCUGGUUCUCGUGCAAUCGCAGAUGCUUUCAGAUUCCUUCUCGGCUCUUUAUCUGCCUGCCAGACCAAAACACCUUCAGAAGAACGACAGAGCUGAGGGUCCGGAGUCGGUGCCUGGGCCAUCACCAUGUCGGUGUCGCACAGCUCCAGGCUGAACAAACUGGUGCGGGAGCAGUACAUGAGGCUGCCCCAGGAUGGGUUGGUGCAGGUCACCUACGUCUGGAUCGAUGGCAGCGGCGAGGGUGUGCGCUGCAAAAGCAGGACCCUUGAUAAGGAACCCAAGAACAUUGAAGAUGUCCCGGAGUGGAAUUUCGAUGGCUCCAGCACGGCGCAGGCAGAGGGCUCCAACAGCGACAUGUUCCUGGUGCCUGUCCGCAUGUUCAGGGACCCUUUUUGCCUGGACCCCAACAAGCUGGUGCUCUGUGAGGUGCUGAAGUACAAUAGGAAACCUGCAGAGACCAACCUGAGACACACGUGCAAGAAAGUCAUGGACUUGGUUAAGGACAGCCACCCCUGGUUUGGGAUGGAGCAGGAGUACACGCUGCUGGGCAUCAAUGGCCACCCCUACGGCUGGCCUGACAACGGCUUCCCCGGCCCGCAGGGCCCCUAUUACUGUGGGGUUGGAGCAGAUAAGGUGUACGGGCGUGAUAUUGUGGAGUCCCACUACAAGGCAUGUCUCUACGCGGGGGUGAAGAUCUGUGGCACCAAUGCAGAGGUGAUGCCUUCCCAGUGGGAAUUCCAGGUGGGACCGUGCGAAGGCAUUGAGAUGGGCGAUCACCUCUGGAUGGCUCGGUUCAUUCUCCACCGUGUCUGCGAGGACUUUGGGGUUGUGGCUACUCUGGACCCCAAACCCAUGACUGGCAACUGGAACGGCGCCGGGUGUCACACCAACUACAGCACCGAGGAGAUGCGGAGGGAAGGGGGUCUCAAAUACAUUGAAGCUGCCAUUGAGAAGCUGAGCAAGCGGCAUGACUACCACAUCUGCGUCUACGACCCGCGAGGUGGCAGGGACAACUCCCGGCGGCUCACCGGCCACCACGAGACAUCCAACAUCUUCGAGUUCUCUGCCGGUGUGGCCAACAGAGGUGCCAGCAUCCGCAUCCCACGUCAGGUCGGCCAAGAUGGCUACGGCUACUUUGAGGAUCGGCGGCCGGCGGCCAACUGCGACCCCUACGCAGUCACCGAGGCCAUCAUGAGGACGACGGUGCUCAAUGAGACCGGGGUGGAGACCAAGGACUAUGCUGACCCCUGAGGCUGCGGGGUGGGUGGAGGUUUUCAUUUCCACACUAGCUUCUCACGUGGGAUUUGUGCCUGUGCGGUGUCCUCGGCUGCAAGCUCAGACUCUUUAGGAACCUCGCUUCUGGUUUUGUGAAACGUCGCCUUAGAAAUAUAUAUAUAUUUUAUAGUAAGAGGGAGGUGCCCAACCUAUUUUCUCAACCACUUUUUUUUCUGGUUCCUGGUUUUAGAUUGUUCAUGGGGAGUUUUUUUUAAAACUUGGAUUGAAUUUUUUUCCUGAUGGACUUUACACUGUGAUGUACAUAGAUCCCUACAUGGAAGCUGCAGCUGCUGCUGUUUGCACCUGGGGAGGGCGGGUGCUUUUUUUCCAUAUCUGUGUUGCAAGGAAAUGAUAAUAAAUAAUUUUCCUGGCUGCGUGGCAGCCAAGUUAUGCGGCA